AUGGUAGUAGCAUGGCAAGUGUCUUUCAACGACAGUCGCUGUAAAGUUGAGGCCUUGUCGCGCAGUAGCAAUAACAAUAUCAAUCACAAUCAGUAUCUGGACUCGUUGAAACCUACCAGCUCGGCUAGUUUCCACAAUGCGAUGGAAAAGAAUAAUGAGAAUCAUCAAUUUCAAGAACAACAUUCCAGGAACUCCAUGGUGGAGGAGGAUGCCAUUAUUGCAAGAAGAACCCCCGACGAUCACUACGCAAAGCAUCAUCCUGGAGCAGGCUGGGCUGGAUACAAGCAUCCAAUGUAUGGAGGAUAUCUGGAUCAUCUUCAUUUACAGCCGACGGCUGCUUCCUGUUCUGACAAGACGACGGCAAACGUUGCUACUGCUGCAAGCGCAACAACAACAACAACAAGUACGAGUACGAGUACGAGUGCUGCAACACUGGCAAACCACAAUCAUGAUCAUUCUUCUGCAGAACCACCAGCACUACCACUACCACCACCACUACCACCACCACCAUCUCAUCCGUUUCAUUCAGCGCAAGCAAACCACAAUGCAGUUGGCAACAAUAACCAAAGUGAUAAGGGCAGUGCUGCCACGAGGACGAGCAGCUUGCCGUAUUUAAAGACCUUGCAAGAGAAUAAUUCAAAUGUUUGGGAAGAAGGAAAACCAGCGGAUUAUGGAGAUGAUAUUCGAUGGGGAGCCCAAGUAUAUUUGGAUGGCUUAUGA